ACUGGCCAAAGUAGCGACAGCAUGCAAGAUGUGCACACAAACGACAACGUGCGGUCGUCGAGAGUAGUGAUAUUUUUACUCCGCAUCAUGUUGGGUGAAAUAACAAAUUCCAUGAAGUAGUUAGUCAAACUCAACCGUUGGCGCUCAAAACACGUACUGUUUUUUACGGAUCGGGCAUGCGGCUUUCAGUGAUUUUGAUCCUUCCGGAAGAACUCAUCGUUUUGUUGUGAACCGAUUGUGUAGUGAUUUAUGGUACCAGUUGGAAUAAAGAAAAAAAAACAACAAACCAUUCAUACAAAACCGUACUUGUGCAACACACGCAAUGGAUAAAUUUUACCCAGUUCAAAAGUGAAACAAUUGUACUAAACAUUAAGUGAAGUGAAGGAAGUUGAUGUUUUAUGAAUCAUCGCUGAAACAAUGAAAUGAAAUAGUUUCACUGGCACAGAAUUAAUAAGAGAAAAAGAAGAAAAAACUAUAAUCGGAGUACAUAACAACUCUUUACCCACAAACAAACUGCUCAAAGUUCUGAGUUGAUGCAUUAAAGUGAAUGGUGUAUAGAAACUCGACUCAAAAAUGGAUGCCAAUAAUUUUGUGAUGUCUUCCUAUCAGUUUGUAAAUUCGCUCGCGUCGUGUUACCCGAAUAACGCCCAAAAUCCCAAUACUGCCCAAGCUAGCAGUGGUGGAGGCCAGGGUGAUGGUUACUUUCCGCCGUCUGCUUAUACUCCUAACCUGUACCCUGGCACGCCACAUCAGGCGCACUAUGCCAAUCCACAGUCCUACAACCCCUUGGCAGCCGGAUCCAGCAAUGUUAACAGCAGUGGAAGCAGCGGUGGUCACCAGUCAAACGAAAUGGUUGACUACACACAACUACAGCCUCAAAAGUUUCUACUUAACCAGCAGCAGCAGCAGCAACAACAACAGCAACAAGCCGGUCUCAGUUCUCAAAGUUGUAAAUAUGCUAGCGACGGUGCAAGUGCAGGUACAAAUGUAGGUAAUAAUAGUAGCAAUAACAACAGUACCACUAGCCCGCAAGAUCUAAGUACCGCUGGCAGCAAUACAGGAGGUGCUGGAGGAAGUGGCAGCCGGCCGGAUAUUUCUCCAAAGUUAUCGCCGAAUUCAGUGGUAGAGAAUGUGUCGCGAACAAUGAAAUCGGGCAGCGCAGCCGCAUCCGUUAGUUCUAGUAAUACAAACAACAAUAGCAGCAACAUUAGCAAUCGCAACCCAGUGAAUCAGGUGAACCUACCCCUGGGGAGUCCAGACGGAGAUGAGUCCGAUGCCAGCGAUGACGACAGCGGCACCGAAGGUGGAAGCUCUCAGGGAGGUGGCAGCGGUGGCAAAAAAGGAGGCCCACCACCCCAGAUAUAUCCAUGGAUGAAACGAGUGCAUAUCGGCCAAAGUACUGUAAACGCCAACGGAGAAACUAAGCGCCAGCGAACAUCGUACACGCGCUACCAAACGCUCGAGCUAGAGAAGGAGUUUCAUUUCAACCGAUACCUGACCCGCAGAAGGAGAAUUGAAAUCGCUCAUGCCCUAUGCCUGACGGAACGACAAAUCAAAAUUUGGUUCCAAAAUCGGCGGAUGAAGUGGAAAAAGGAGCACAAGAUGGCUUCGAUGAACAUUGUCCCAUAUCACAUGACGCCGUACGGUCACCCUUAUCAGUUUGAUAUUCAUCCGUCACAAUUUGCACAUUUGAGUGCAUAGGACGCGUGGCACUUUUCGGGUACUGGUUAGAGGCUCAACCAGCUCUAUCAGGAACAAUAUCAGGGAUAUCAGAAUAAUCAGGAUAGUGUCUUGUUCGGUGGGAACACAACACCAUCUGAUUCAACCAAGUAUAACCAAGAGUUUUGAUUUUCCCCGGACUAGUACGAGAAUUCCCUUCUUGAUGGCUAGCGGCCGAGGAUUGGCAAAACUUCGCUUAAGUAGAAUUAUGUAAAUCACGAUGAUAUCCCUGGUAGAAACUGAUGUGCGCUGCUGUUGAGAUAUCCAUCAAACUUGAAGUUGUACCAUCCUUUCUUCGAUUUUAUCUUCAUACUCAACUUUAAGUUAUUUUAUACAUUGAACAAUAACCAAUACGCUGUAAAUAGGUGAUAACUUCGAAGAAAGUAUCUUAAUCUUCUCUAAUCAGUAUUCGAAAAGCAAGCUUCGCGUUAAGUGAGGCCCUCUAAUAGUAUGUAAGGCAUCAAAGUGUUAUAUUUCUCUUUUCCAUGAUUUGGCUUCAGCUUGAAUCGUUUCAGCACUCAACUUGCAUGCAAGUUGCUUGCCGAGAUUCAUAGUGAAGACACUGACAUUGAAAUAUUUCAAUGGAAUUGUGGAAAAGAUACUCUCGUACUUGUUUCAAAAUUAGCGAUUGUCAGUUUUUGUUGAUAUUUUUUGUAUUCAUGUGAAUGUAAAGGCGCUUGGUUAAAUUGAUAAUUUUACUAGAUUGUGUGAAGUUGUUCGACUAUAUUGUGUAUAAUGUCGAGUUAAUAUAUUUAAAAAAAAAGAUCUGCUCCUAAUUAUCAAUUCAACGAUACGCCUACAGAUUUGUCCUUUGUGUUGAUUUUGAACACCAUUGUGAAGAAUAAAAGAAUUAAGAGUCUAUAAUUUGUAAUUGGCAUAAUCGAACAAAAUGAUAUUGGUCUGAGAUAUUAAAAGCAUAGCAUUAUUUGUACGAUCAGUAGAAUUUAAGAAGUAAGCACACAUUGUAAAUAUAAUACAAUAGAAAACUUUAAUUUAUUAAAAUGCUUUAGAAAUAUUAUGAGGUAAUUUUAAGUAGUUAAAUAACAUCAACCAACGAAGAUGCAAUAUUCAGAUUUUAUUACACGAACAAAAACUUUUUUCACGUUAACAUUUAAAAAAAAACUUCGUUUACGUUUCGUUUAGUUUCGUUUUAGUUGUUUUUUUCUUUUGUUUUCAAAACAAGUACGCUAAUCAAAAAUGCGCUCCAGGAAAAUUUCAAGCAAAUUCGGAUUACACAGGGAUUAUUUGAAAGCAGCAUUCUUCUGUGCUUUGAAACGUACAUUUUUUGAUUCGACCAUUCUCCUGAAAAUGGUACAUCAGGAGUGCAUGAUAAAAAAAGAAAAUUGAUUGUAAUUAUCGCUAAAUAGAAUUUAAAGAAUAAACUUUUGAGUUGAAUCGCAUUAAGGAGUUAUUAGCCAGAAAAUAAAUCAUGAAAUUUUAUGCAUUCCGAGAUGACACUAUUUUACCAGUUUAGAUGAUGAAAACACGUUUUAUAAACUAUGAAGUAUAAACUAUUGGGCUAAACAAACAAAUCAUUUUGUAAAAAAACGCUGUUACGUAAAUACAAUGCCACGUUGACGACCUCCAGUAGCUGUAGUGUAACUAAAUUAAAUUCAGACAUGCCCACUUAGGUUGAAAUGACUAAUUCUCUGAAUAAGCUACAAAUUGUCAUGUACUAUAUAACCAUCAUUUUUUUCCAACGGGUGACAAAACAAAAAGUAGAGCAUUAAACACUGAGUUUUAUUAUUUUUUUCGCAAAAGAAUCCAACAUUUUGCGAUGAUAAGCAACAGGUCGAUUAGUUUUAAUUACACGUCAUUUCAUUAAAAAAUAAAUCGAAUUGAAACAA